AUGGCGCCAUCCAAGUCACUCCUGCCUCUCCUCGCGGCUGUCCCCUACGCUUCGGCUUGGGGCUCUCUGGGUCACACCGCGGUCGCAUACAUGGCGCAAAAUCUCGUCUCUCACAAGACGGCCAAAUUUGCCCAAACUCUCUUGAACGACACCUCGUCCGCAUACCUAGCCAACGUGGCAACCUGGGCCGACAGCUACCGCUAUGAGGCUGGAGGACAGUUCAGUUCUGUCUACCACUACAUCGAUUCUCUGGACAACCCGCCUGAAAGCUGCAACGUCGACUACGAGCGUGACUGUUCCGAAGAAGGUUGCAUCGUUUCUGCUAUCGCCAACUAUUCCAGCCGCGCUUUCCAGAAGUCUGUUGGUAUCGUUGAGCAGCAGAAAGCUCUCAAAUGGGUCAUUCACUUCAUUGGUGAUAUCCACCAGCCACUACACGUAGAGAACAUUGCCGUGGGUGGCAACCUCAUUAAUGUCACCUUCAACGGCGCGCACACAAAUCUCCACUCUAUCUGGGAUACAGCAAUCCCCCAAAAGGCUUACGGCAACUUCUCUCAAGCCAAUGCAUUAGCUUUGGCCAAUAAUCUCACCGCAGAAGUGAAGCAUGGCAAAUUCAAGAAAGAGAGCAAGAUAUGGCUCAAGGGCUUGAAGGCGAAGGAUGCAGUCAGCAGCUCCAUGACCUGGGCUCGUGACGCCAAUAGAUACGUGUGCUCUACUGUCAUACCUAAUGGUCCUGAUGCAGUAUUCGCGCAAGAGCUGUCAGGAGCGUACUGGGACACUGCUAUUCCAGUCGUCACCAAGCAGCUCGCAAAGGCAGGAUACAGGCUUGCCGCUUGGCUCGAUGCUAUCGUUGAGCUCAAUGAGAAGAAGGGUCAUGGAAAGUGGGUGCGAGAGGAGAAGAGGGCAGUCAACCUACAGCCAUGGCAGGAAGAAGCAAGGCAGGCCCGACGUGAAUUUGGGCCUGACUGUGGAUGUGGUGAGGAGCAUGCGCAUUAA